AUGGGACAGACGACGGCAGCGCGGGUCCUCGGGUCGGAUGUUUGCGGGAAAAUCCUGGAUGAGACAGGCGACGGGAAAAAGCCCGGCUGGGGUUCUGGUCAGGGAGAGGCGAUGAGAGAACGAAUGUCCAAACGCUUCAGGCGGGACACUCGGGGUCUGUUUCCGUCUGCGGAAACCCCAAGCGGAGCCCACACCCCGCCCGCCUCCUCUCACAGCCGCCCGCGCCGCGCCUCUUGGAGGCAGGGCGGUGGCUGCGUCCAGACGGUGGCGCUCCCAACCAGUGCAACCCCUCUCCCCAACCGCGGCAAGAAGGCUGGACCAAGUUUCGGAGGGUGGCAGGCUUUCCCGGAGCUCCUGGUCACAGAGCAGGUGUUUGUUGUCCAGACCGGCUGCUUAGCCAGAGCAUACUGGAAGAUCAUGGAGGUCUCCAAAAGCAACACAGGGCCAACCCUAGCGGUUCCCACCCCAUUCGGCUGUAUUGGUUGUAAGCUGCCACAGCCAGACUACCCACCAGCUGUAGUCACCUUCAUUUUCUGUGCAAUGGUUAUUACCAUUGUGGCAGACCUGGUCGGCAACUCCAUGGUCAUUUUGGCUGUAACAAGGAACAAGAAGCUCCGAAAUUCUGGCAACUUCUUUGUGGUUAGCCUCUCCGUGGCUGAUAUGCUGGUGGCCAUCUACCCCUACCCUCUGAUGCUGCACGCCAUGUCCGUUGGGGGAUGGGAUCUGAGCCAGUUCCAGUGCCAGUUGAUCGGCUUCAUCACAGGGCUCAGCGUGGUCGGAUCCAUCUUCAACAUUGUGGCCAUCGCCAUCAACCGCUACUGCUACAUCUGCCACAGCCUCCAGUACGAGCGGAUCUUCAGCGUGCGCAACACUAACGUCUACCUGGUGAUCACCUGGGUCAUGGCCAUCCUUGCCGUGCUGCCCAACAUGUACAUUGGCACCAUCGAGUACGAUCCUCGCACUUACACCUGCAUCUUCAACUACCUGAACAAUCCCGUCUUCACGGUGACCAUCGUCGGGGUCCACUUUGUCCUUCCUCUCCUUGUCGUGGCUUUCUGCUAUGUGCGAAUCUGGACCAAAGUGCUGGCAGUCCGGGAUGCGGCUAGACAGAAUCCUGAUCGCCAGCUGGCUGAGGUUCGCAAUUUUCUAACCAUGUUUGUGAUCUUCCUCCUCUUUGCAGUGUGUUGGUGCCCCAUCAAUGUGCUCACUGUCCUGGUGGCUGUCAGUCCGAAGCACAUGGCAGGCAAGAUCCCCAACUGGCUUUAUCUUGCAGCCUACUUCAUAGCCUACUUCAACAGCUGCCUCAACGCUGUGAUCUACGGGCUCCUCAAUGAGAGUUUCCGACGUGAGUACUGGGCCAUCUUCCAUGCUAUUCGGCACCCUAUCCUGUUCGUCUCUGGCCUCAUCACUGACAUUCGUGAGACCCAAGAGGCCCGGGCUCGUGCCCGUGCCCGUGCCCGGGCCCGUGACCAAGCCCAUGAGCAAGCCCAGGAACCAGUUCGUGACCAAGACCAUGCCCGCACCUGUUCUGCCAUGGAGGGAACCCCGAUGGGCAUCCGGAACGUUCCACUACCUGGGGAUGCUGCGACCGGCCACCUCGACCGAGCCUCUGACCACCACAAGUCCCAAUCCAGAUCUGCAUCUGCAUACCGUAAGCCUGCCUCAAGAUACCCCAGGAUGGCCUCCAGCCACUCGAAGGCUGCCUCCGGCUACGCGAAGCCCAGCACUGGCCAUCCCAAGGCUGCCACAGUCUAUCCCAAGCCUGCCUCUGUUCACCUCAAGGCCGAUUCCACCCGUUCCAAGUCUGCCUCUGUUCAUUUCAAGGGUGACUCAGUGCAUUUCAAGGCUGCUUCCAGCCACCCCCAGUCUGUUAGCAGUCUCCACUCCUCUGCUGGCAGGCGUGCUCUCAGUGCUGCCCCCAGCCACCCUGCACCCAUUAGUGGCAGCAUCCAGUUGGCUGCCAGCUGCCCUGAGCCUGCUGCAGCUGCCUACCUGGAUCCCCUACUCACUAGCCGCCCAGAGCCUGCCCCUAGCAGCCACGCCAAGGCAGCUGCUGUGGGCCAGCCUGAAUUCGCCACCUCCACAUACCUUGAAACCACCACCCCCAGUCACCAGCUCACCUCUGAUGUCACUAGCCUCUCUGAGCCUGCAUCCAGCGCUGCUUCUGGCUCCCCCACAUCUGCUGCCGCUGCUGCUGCUCCUGACCCUGCUGCAGUCACCGCUGCCACCAGCGACUACCAUGAGCUUGCUGUUAUUGAUGUGCAAGGUGACUCCGACAAAACGGCUGUGUGA